GGGAGACCAGCAACCUUUCCUGGUGGCCCUUAACAACCAUCAACAAUAGUUUCUUUUCUGCAACUCGUAUUUUGUGACACGCUAUUUUACACUAAGUACAAACAUGGUAGAUGUAAACCUUAGUGAUGCAGAAAAAAGAUAUAUUGUGGAUGGAGUAAAGCUAGGUACUCGUGUUGAUGGUAGAGAUCACCUUGAUUAUCGACAGCUUGAGAUAGAAACUGGUCUAGUUUCUACUGCUAAUGGGUCAGCUCGGAUUAGGCUUGACCGCACAGAUGUCCUAAUUACAGUCAAAAUGGAAAUGGAACCACCGCUACUAGACCAGCCUAAAAAUGGACAACUCCACUUCUUUGUAAAUUGCUCGGCUAAUGCUGCUCCAGAGUUUGAAGGCCGAGGGGGUGAGGAUUUAGCCACAAGCCUGAGUUCCAUGUUGGAACGAGUAUAUUCCUCUCCACAUACACUCAACACUGCCAAACUUUGUGUUGUUCCAGGCAAGCAUGUCAAAGUGCUCUAUGUGGAUAUUGAGGUAAUUCAUGUUUUUUUUUAGUAGACUAAGUACUGU